CACCACGGUCAGCGCCCGGCGCCCUCCGGCCGGCGGAGCGGGGCACGGCGAAGCGCGGAGGGAGCGCGGAUGAAGGAAGCUCUGCCACGACGCUGAUGUUUUUUACGGGGAGCAGAAGUCAAAUGAAAGGCCAAAGCAUGAUAUUUGGCCUCCUGUACUGUAUUUUAAACGGACGAAAGGAUAAAGCUAUUUCACUGACGCAAAUGGAAUAGAAAAACCCAUUUCUGCAUUACCAUCAUGCUCUUCACAAUGUGUUAGACCGAGACCAAUUUGUGCAGCAAUAGGGUUUUUUUUCUCCUCAUUACAGUAAGCGGCAAAAUUGUCUGUCUGCUGAGGGCAAGAGUAACAGCUGCCGAUUACCAGAUCUAGGGUUAAAUUAAAGAGCUGAAAGAGAAAAGGCAUAAAGGGAGGAAGUGACACAUUAUGUUCAAAAAGAUCCAUUCUAUAUUUCACCCCAACUCCCACCGAAGAAAUGUGACAGAUGACAUCCCUUACUGUGAUGGCACAGGUUCUGCGGUGAGAUUGAUCCGCAGCACUUCUAUGUACAUCCUUGGAGGUGAGCAGGAAAAAGUUAGUGAACCACUAAAAAAAUACAGAAGUACAACCAGCAUCGACUCUUGCUUCCAGACAAAAGAGGAAGACAGAGACUGGAUGUAUUCUAAGACUCAGGACUGCUUGAAGUACUUACAGGAUCUGUUAGCCUUGAGGAAAAAAUACCUUGACAACAUCAAUAAAUUGAAAUCCAUACACAUGGCUGCAGAUUCCCCAAUGUCCACAAAAUCAUCCAAAACUGGAAAGAAGUCAUUUUUUCCACUUCCUUCUGAAGAGUCUUCUAAGGCAUCCAUAGAGAGAAAAGGCCCACAGUCCGGUUCAGAUGUAAGGGAAGCAAUAGCUUUCUUCGACUCAGUUAUAGCAGACCUGGAUUCAGAGAGAUAUCGGAGAGUUCCUGAUGUGGAUCUGCCAAAUGUGGAUGUUGAUUUUGAUGUUGCUACCAGCACAAGCGAACACAGUUUACAUUCAAAUUGGAUCCUUCGUGCUCCCCGGAGAUACUCACAAGAUACUGCCCAAACAGCAAAAGCUGCAAACCAGUCUCAAAGAAACAGCCAGCGGAGAACCACUGGCUCUAGGAAGAGGUUGGAAAGACACCCCAUGUACUUGCCCAAAGCUGUGGAAGGCGCAUAUAGCACUUUAAAAUUUAAGCCCAAAACACGUUAGAAAGAAUAUUGAAAGAAUAUUCCCUCUUCAGAUGAAGACAGAAUAUAUGAAAUAGGGCAGGUCAGAGUUGCUUUUUUUUUUCCUUUUUUUUAAAAAAAAUCUGAUCCAUCUCUUUUACACUCUAGAAGUGACAUGUGCAUGCACUGAAGGUUCUUUGUGUGGGACAUAUUUUAAGCCAUGGCUUUUCCAAUGUUGGACUCAUAUGAGGGUUUAACUCAUCAAGUUCACUGUGCCUAACAAUACUGCUUUGUCAUUCAGCUUGGGGGGAACUCCAACUUGACAAGCCUUUUUUCUAGUGCUGUUGUUGAAAGCAAUGAUUCAGAUUGCCUGGUGCAGUAAUUUUUUCAUCUGACUCCAGCACUACAAAGCAAUUCAAGCAAUUCAGAGAAUAGGUUGGAGCUUUUUCACCAGUGUUUCCAACUUCAAAGCAGUGAAGCAGAAUUUUCUCCUUUUUUUUGCAUGUGAAAAUUUGUAUGUGCCAUCAUUGACUCUGUGAUCUGAGAGUAUACAGCAACACUGAGGUACAAGCAGGCUGUGGUACAAGCAGAGAAAGCUGCAGUGAAGGAAUUGGCAUUAGAAACCUGUGUUUGGAGAACUGCUCCAGUGUGUUUUGAAAAAAUAAGCUAUCUUGUACUUUGCUUGCCAUUGGGAAUGGUUCUGUCCUUGGAUACAACAUCAAGGGAUUCACUGCAUGCAAAAAUGUAUACAAUUUUUUCCAUAUGGUUACACCACCUGCUAGUUUUCAUCUAUUUUAACACCCAGUUCCUGAAUCUAAACAUCCCAGUGUACAAUAGAAAAGCUUAAUGUCUUGGAGAAGAACACUUUGUGAAUAAAUUGAAGCAAAGGUUGUUCUCAAGGGCAGAAGACAACUUGCAGACAAAUUCCCUGCAUCAGCUCUAAAUUAUACCCAAUAUUUAGAAAUCUGCUACUUCAUCAUUAAAGACUAUAUACUAGGAAGAAAGCAGUCUAGAGGUAUUCUUCUUCAGGCUUUUUCAUCUUAGAGGUGAUAUGUCUUCCACGUGAUACUUGGAAUUGUUAAGACCUAUAGUCUGACUUUUACUCGUGUACAGCAAUGUAAAAAUUCCUAGAAACUGACAAAGAGAUAACACCCUAUGGAAAUACUAGUCUAUGGCCCUUCAGAUAGGGCAAUACCAUUUAUACCACAGGCAUCAGUCUGUGCUUUGUCUUAAGCACCAGCUCAUGCUUUGUCUUAAGAAGUUGUUAAGAUGUUUGGGAUCAAGACUUUGCUUACUUUGAUUUUUUCCAUCUGGUGUUCAAUUGGUGGUUCACUGUCAUGGAUGGAUCAUGGUAGCACUGAUAUGACCAGCUGGUGAUUCACUGGUGAUUCCUUGUUUCCACAUUCAGUACUUUUUGUGUCUACAGGCUUGGAUAAAUUUCCUAAGGCCCUGGUCGACAGUAUAACCCAUUUGAUAUGUCAUAACCUCCAUAAACCUUGUGCCCACCACACAGAACUUUUGGCAGGUGGCAGUUCUUGCUGAUUUGGGUUCCUAGUCUUUGGGACAGAGUUAUUCAAACAGCAUGAGGUGGAAGUACCUCUCUCAGAUCUCGCUGAUCUAGGACACUUCCUGUCCUGAGAUAGGAGAGUGCCAAAAACCCCUAUGUAUGUUCCUCCAUUCAGAGCUGGCAUGUCUUGUGUGAUUAAAGCAUUUUGUUUCUUUUUCUAGAGGUGUUCGUGAAGGGGAGGGAGGAAUUGUUUCUGCAGUACUUUAAUUCUGGAGUUGCCUUUGCCACUCAUUGUCCAGUCUGUAUCCUCUUAAAAAUGACCACUUUAAUCAGCAUCAUUGAUAAAUAUUAAUGAAGAGUUUAAAUUAAGGUCUAGGGUUUGUUUCCCUGCUGUUGGUCCUUCUCAAGAUGUCUGUAUUCUCUGUACAGUGUUGCUGCCUUUGUACCUCCACAGUCCUGUCCUGACUGCCCUGAACUGAACACUGUAACUCUUAAAACUGUUCUGCCCUUGACAUAUGAUCAUUUAAGGCCACUCAGGCAGGUCGGAUAGCCAGUGUGCCCCAAACACACCCCUCAUUCCUGAUAUGCCUCAAGGCUGCAGUGUGAGUGUGAGAGACAGCGCUCAAAACUGCACAUUUUCGGCAGCUGUGUAACCCCUCUCCAAGCAGAAUCUGCUGAAAUUGCUGAGGAACAUUUUUACUGAGUGUGUGGUCACCUUUUUGCUACUAGAAUCUGUAACAUGGAUAGAUGCUGACAGAAAAACCUCAACUGUCGUUUUGAGUUGCUAUAACAGAAUUAGGCACAUGCGUAAUUAAAAUAUUAAUGAAAGAAGAAGAAAAGGAUACCUAUGGAGUUCUGCCCUGGGCUGUGCUUCAUGUUCAUAGUGCCAAGGUUUUUUCAUUGGAGUAGCUGAUCUUUUUGCUAUUGUCUAAGGAUGCACUGAGAAGUGCACACCAGGACUGCUUCAGCAUGCUUGACCUUCCCUGUGACUUCUUGUGUCCUUGUAAAACACCCAUAUCUCUGGUUAUCUGGCUCUGACAGAGGGUAAGGGUCCCCCUGCUGUCCAACACACAAACUCCAGUGUGAAAUGUGUGCUGCUAUGAAUAAGAGACAGAAGGGAAAAAAUAAGAUUUGUAAUUUUGAUUUGGAUUUUGUGAUUUUUGUUUUUCUUAAUGCUUACUUCAAGCCUGUUAUCAUCUUAGGAAGUUUUAA